AUGUACUGGAGGGACACCUCCGAAAGUACGAUUUCGAGACUGCUGGAGCUGUACUCAUGCCUCCACCUACCGGAUGACUUAAUGAAGCUUCCAUGUGCUCCCAAAGCCCGAGAACUGCUCUCAGGGAUUUCCUUCUUCGGUUACAGUUCGUACGAGCAAGAGGAUGGUCUCGAUGCUAACUUCCUUCUUUCUGCUCCCCGUCCAGCUUCUGAUGGCGCAGAUUAA